UAAGGCCCAAUAACUUUACUAAAAAGCCCAUCAGGCCCAUUUACUGUCUUUCUUUCUUUCUUUCUUUGUAGUGUUGGAAUUCUGUCUGUCUGCAUUCUCACACCGAAAACGAAAACAACAAUGGCUUCUUCUUCAACAUUUGUGAAAAAUUACGGUUACGAUUUGGUAUUAGGAUCAAUCGCUGCAUUCUAUAUAGUGAUGAUACCUUAUACUAAGGUUGAAGAAAGUUUCAAUGUUCAAGCAAUGCACGAUCUUCUUUAUCAUCGCUUUCACUUGCACAAUUAUGAUCAUCUCGAGUUCCCUGGCGUCGUUCCUCGCACUUUCAUUGGGGCUCUGCUUGUGUCACUUGUUGCGUCUCCAUUUGUGUUUAUUGCAAGUUUGCUGCAAUUGCCAAAGUUCUAUGCUCUUCUCAUAGUUCGAAUGACCCUAGGAUGCAUCAUACUGUAUACACUAAGAUUCUUUCGUCAACAGAUAAGGAAUAAAUUUGGGCAUCAAGUAGAAGCCUUCUUUGUGAUACUAAUUUCCAUUCAGUUUCAUUUUCUGUUCUAUUGUUCUCGUCCUCUUCCUAACAUUCUUGCUUUGGGUAUAGUGAAUAUGGCAUUUGGAUACUGGUUCCAGGGGCGUUUUUAUACAGCUCUAAACUCUUUGAUUUUUGCUACAACUGUGUUCAGAUGUGACAUGCUGUUACUUCUUGGUCCCCUUGGCCUACAACUUCUUCUGACAAAAAAAAUUUCAGUAUGGGGUGCUCUAAAAUACUGCACUGGGAUGGCCUUCUUCUGCGUAGGUAUAACCAUAUUGAUUGACUCAAUUAUGUGGAAAAGGUUAUUGUGGCCUGAAUUUGAAGUCUUUUGGUUUAACUCUGUAUUGAACAAGAGUUCUGAAUGGGGAACACAUGCUUUUCACUGGUACUUCACUUCCGCGCUCCCUCGUGCACUGCUUGCUGCAUAUCCCCUUUCCCUGUUUGGUUUCUUGGUUGACAGAAGGGUACGAUCAUUUGCUUUCCCUGCUCUUGCCUUCAUUUUGCUGUAUUCUAAGCUUCCCCAUAAGGAGCUUCGUUUUAUUCUAAGUUCAGUUCCAAUAUUCAACUUGUCAGCUUCGGUUGCAUGUAAUAGAAUUUACAAUAAUAGGAAAAAGAUGAUCUGGAACUUGCUUUUCCUCAUUAUGUUGGGGUUACUUCUAAUGAGUCUUGGAGUAACCAUCACAACUUUUACAGCAUCAUACUGGAACUAUCCUAGUGGUCAUGCCUUAAAAAAAUUACAUGGGAUUGCAGGUUUUCAUAGUGAUACAAAUGAGCAAUGGGUUCACAUUGAUACAUUUUCUGCCAUGAAUGGAAUAUCUCGAUUUUGUGAAAGUGAUUUCCCAUGGAGGUAUUCUAAAGAAGAAGAAAUUAGCUUGCAAGAAUUUGAGCAGAGAAAUUUUACGUUCCUGAUAAAUGAACAUCCUGUGAUCAAUGGAUUCAAGUGUCUAUUUACUGAACAUGGUUUCUCAAGAAUGCGCAUUAAAUUUGGCUUCCCACCAAUCUUACUGGUUAAAGAUCCCAAAGUAUAUGUCCAUGGAAAUUUAGAAAACAUGGUUGUUGUCAACCAACUUUGGCCUGGCUAUCCAUAAUCUUUGGUUUGGCUUGAUGAAGUGGGACAACAAAGUUCUGUGAAGUUGAAAUCACCACAAGGAUAACCUGUAUUGUUAUUGUAUUCUGUACUGUAGGGAGUAUCUUGUUUGUCUUUAAUCUACUUAAACAUGCACUUGUUCCUGGCUCACCAAAUCUAACAAAGAGCACUAACAAGGAACCAAAAAACUUUAGAACGUAUCAUCAAUUAUAUUUUUAACAAAUAUUUUUUUUUAUAAA